AUGGGUGCUGUGGCUGUGGGGAGGGCUCAGGUGAUGCAACAGCCCCCCACGACCCCCCCAGGCCAGAUGCCCACCCUGCAGCCCUCCUGCAGCUGCAGCCGCGGCCCCAGCGUGGCACAGGGGAAGUGGUACGGGGUGCGCUCCUACCUCCACCUCUUCUAUGAGGACUGCGCCGGGGCCAGCCCUGAUGGGGACACAGAUGAGUCUUCACCUUCCCAUCCCCAUGGUGUAUGGCCCUCCAUUAUCUGGAAGGUGACCCUCUCCACAGGCACUCUGUUUCUGCUGGUAGGAGUGGCUGCCCUGACUACAGGCUGGCUGGUGCCCCCCAGGCUGGAGAGCAUCGAGGAAGAGGAUCUGGUGGUGCUGGACGUGCAGGCCAUGCGCUACAACCACGUGCUGAGUGCGUGCUGGCUGCUGGGCACGGCGCUGUGCAUCACAGCUGCAGUGCUGGGUGCUGUGGGGCUGCUGUGCUGUGUGCUGGGCAGAGCUUGGGGUGGCCCCCAAGAAGAGGAGCAGCAGCUGUCGCCCAUCCUGCAGAGCAGCCCCCAGGGUCCCGCGGUGCCCUUCGGUGCCUCCCAGCUCCAUGGUGUCGCCCCGGCAGGAGGUGUGAGUGCACUGGGUGCACUGCUGCUGCUAGCCCAGAUCCAGCCUGGACUCAGCUAGAUGCCACCUUGGAUCCCCGCCUGGCACCCAGAUGGCUGAUCCCAGAUCCCAGCUGUGCCACAGGGACUCCCUGCUCAGCGUCUGGAGCAUCCUGUGUACCAUCAGCCACCACCAGGUCCUGGCCCAGGACAUCCCAGCUCCUCCACCUGCUCCCCAACCAGCCAUGGGGUCGGACAGGCACAACCAGCAGCUGCAAAUGCCCGAUGCUGCCAGGUGCCUGCAGUGGGGGCAGAGCACAGCACCCUGCCUUGCAGCCCCACGCGUUCAUCCACGCCGCAGCCCUUGGGAUGGAGCACAUGCUCUGCCUUGGUUUCCUUCAUUUUGCUCUUUCUGGGGUGA